ACAAGAAGCCUAAGUAUAACUUCAGUUGACCAAUCAAUGUUUGAAAAAGCACAAGGAGAGAAGGUUACGUUGCCAUGUACUUUUGUACUCUCAGAAGAAGAUGAAGGCCCACUAGAUAUUGAGUGGGUACUGAUACCAGCAGAUAAUCAAAAGAAGGAGCAAAUAAUAAUUAUGUAUGCUGUAGACAGGAUUUAUAAUCAUUAUUAUGCUGCUAUGACUGGGCGGAUGCAGUUUACCAAUCCUGAUCCCAGAUCUGGUGAUGGUUCAUUGGAUAUCCUGAAUUUAAAGUCAGCAGAUACCGGCACGUACCAGUGCAAAGUGAAGAAGGCUCCUGGAGUUCAAAGCCAAAAAAUACAGUUGACUGUACUUGUAAAGCCAGCAAGAACUAAAUGUUCCAUUGAAGGAUCACAGGAGAUUGGAAAAGAUGUUAUCUUGAAAUGCGCAUCACAAGAAGGAUCCCCACUUUUGUCUUAUGACUGGAGGAGAGUAUCUGGCACACAGGAGCUUCCUGCCACUUCCAUGCUGAAUAAAAACACAGGGGAACUUCUCUUGAAAAAUGCAUCUCGAGACUAUUCUGGUACAUACAAUUGUGUUGCCUCAAACAGAGUUGGCACGGAUGAAUGUUCCAUUGAGCUGAAUGUCACCCCUCCUUUAAAUACAGCUGGUAUAAUUGCUGGAGCUAUUAUAGGAACUCUGCUGGGUCUUUCUGUACUGAGUUUUCUUGUCUUCUGUUGCUGUAAGAAACAUAGAGAGAAGAAAUACGAGAAAGAAGUACAUCAUGAUAUCAGAGAAGAUGUCCCACCUCCAAAAAGUCGCACUUCAACAGCCCGCAGCUACAUAGGCAGCAAUCGUUCUUCUCUGGGUUCAAUGUCUCCCUCAAAUAUGGAAGGAUAUACCAAAACUCCAUAUAGCCAAGUCCCAAGUGAAGACUUUGAACGUACUCCUGGUCAGAACCCAACCUUUGCACCUUCAAAGGUAGCUGCACCUAAUUUAAGUAGAAUGGGAGCUGUUCCUGUGAUGAUUCCAGCACAAAGCAAAGAUGGGUCCAUAGUAUAAAAUUUUAUUAAUUUAAAUGCUGUUUUUAAAGUGUUCAUUGUAAGUAUUAGGGAAAACUACUGUGUUCCAUCCCUCAUUUAAACAAUGGCAUGCAAUUUUCCUUGAAGAAAAUGAACAAGUUAGUUUUAAAAGCCACCAAUUCUCAUUUUAAAUUUUAAACUUAUUAGUAUAUGACAGUUGAACUAUUUACUAAGAGCAUUGAAGUUCCUAAAUAAAUAUCGGACAC